AUGUUCCGUUGGUCGUCUGGCUAUUCAAAGAUCAUAAGGUUAGAGAAUAUUCGGAUCUUUCCAAGUUGUCGUCUCGUCACCACCAACUCCAUAUAUAAAGCCAAGAAAAAUGCUACACCGUCUAAGCGUGAUUUGAUCAAUGAUGGCACAACAUAUGUUAAAGUUGCUACGAUGUUAAUCACAGCCAUUAUUGGUCUUCGGCUUAUCACUUCUAUAUUUGAUGGAAAAAACUACGAAAGUUUUGGUGAUGCUUUCAAAUCACAUGCUUUUUCUUGGCCUCAACAUUACAAUAUAUUUUUGCCCCAAGACAGACUGGAUGUCAACGAUGAAGAUGAUGAAAUUUCAACGGAUGACAUUUAA